AUGGCGUCCUGGAACUCGACUGUCGUGUUCCCCAACCACACCUCCACCCAGGACUAUUUCGGCGUGCUCGACGACGUCAGCAAGUACAAUGUCCAGCUCAACAUCCUCGAGCGCCUCUGGGCGGCAUGGUAUGUGUGGAUGCAGAACGACAUCCUCGCCACAGGCAUCAUGACCUUUGUCAUGCACGAGGUCGUUUACUUUGGCCGCAGUCUGCCAUGGAUCAUCAUCGACGCGAUCCCCUAUUUCCGCAGAUGGAAGAUCCAAAAGCAAAAAAUCCCAACCUGGAAAGAGCAGUUCGAAUGCGGCGCCCUCGUCCUCUUCAGCCACUUCACCGUCGAGCUCCCGCAGAUCUGGCUCUUCCAUCCCAUCGCCACCUGGUGCGGCCUCGACUACGGCGUGCCCUUCCCGCCCUGGUGGAAGACGGCCUACCAAAUCGCCAUCUUCUUCGUCCUUGAGGACACCUGGCACUACUGGGUGCACCGCGGCGCCCACUGGCCCCCGAUCUACAAGGCCGUCCACAAGCUGCACCACUACUACUCGGCGCCCUUUGGCAUGACGGCCGAGUACGCCUCUCCGAUCGAGGUCAUGUUCCUCGGCCUCGGCACCAUCGGGUCCCCCGUACUCUGGGUCCUCAUCACCAAGGAAUUGCACCUGUUCACCAUGUACUUGUGGAUAAUCUUGCGCCUGUUCCAAGCCAUCGACAGCCACUCCGGCUACGACUUCCCCUGGUCCCUGAGGCAUGUCCUCCCCUUCUGGGCCGGCGCCGAGCACCACGACGUGCACCACGAGAAGUUCAUCGGUAACUAUGCCUCGAGCUUCCGGUGGUGGGACUACAUCAUGGACACCGAGGCCGGUGCCGAGGCCCACCAACGCAGGCGCGAGAAGAGGUUGGCCAAGGCCAAGAAGGCCCAGUAG